AUGAGUGAAGAGACAACGAGAGCCGUUAGAGCUCUAGGUGAUCGUAUCGAUUCCAUUGAUGUCGCUCUGCAGCGCUGGACGAGAGCUCAAGAAGAAAAGUAUGGCGAAAUCACUCGGCGUCUCUCCGCUAUUGAAUUUGCGCUAGCGCAGCAAACCAACUGGCUAGACGGCAAACUGUCGGCAUCUAGUGAAAAAUAUGAGAAAAAGCUGACAAAUAUGGAGACCGUCUACCUGCGGCAUGUAAAUGAGUCAAAAAGCGCAAUAGAUGGACGACUAGAUGAGCUGAUCUCAACUGCUAGAGAAGGUGAGAAGCGAACAAAGAAAGAAGUUGAACGUCUAGAAGAUCACCUGCUGGGAAAUCUUCACGGAAUACCAAAGAGUGAGACUAGAAAUACAAUUAAGGUCUGUUUUCCUCUCAAAUUUCUCACCUACUUUUGGUCGUUGGGAGCAACAUCAACAGAAAUAAACUUUCAAAAGCAAAACCUACAAGCAUCGUGGCCAUGGAUUGUUGCCUUUAUUCUACUGGAACUCGGUCUCACAUACAAUUGGGUUGUCAGUCUCAUUACAACAAAGGUUUCCUUCUUUGAGCAUCGUGACUCUGUCAACUUUACCAGCAAUGCAUCACACAAUGCAACACAAGAAAAUCUAUCUCUACCAUACUCUUCACUUUGGACUCAAAUUGCAGUGUCACCACAGUUGGUCAGUAGCCUUCUGGCCACAGCUUACCUCUUCUUUAGCAUGAAGCAGACAAUGGUAAGGAGACUGUACCAUCGCACAAUGAAAAUGGAAGGCUCUUGGAGUAUCCACAGUUGGUGUGAUAUAUUUGUAUUGAGUCUCAUUGUGAUAUCACUCUUUGCAGCUUGUUUGUCAAAGCAAGCUGUAUGGCUCUAUUCUUACUCUCGUGCAUUUACCAGUGGUCAUCACACGUUUGUAGACAUGACACUCUACCACACAGCUGACUUUGUUGUGUCGUUAGCUUGUAGAAUGUGGAAACUUGGCUCGAGGCUGACCGUUCUCUUUUGGUUCACCUACUGCUCGGUCAUCAUUCGAAGACAAGUCGAUUCGUUUGCCAGAGACCCAGUCAUGGAUGACCAAAUACAAGAGCAACUGUGGAACGAGAGCCAGAGACCUUCGCUGCAGUUUGAAGGCACCAACAUGGCUGUCUGUCGUCUCAAUCUCAUCAGAUCGUCAGCCAAUGAGUUACGACGACAUUCAUGGAUUUUGUCUGCCAUCAUUCUUCUCGAGUUGACUUCAUUUAUCUGUUUGCUGCUCCAAAUUCAUAAUGAGGCAAAUACCUUUGACAACUGGGGGUUGCCAACAAGACUAGGGAUUGAGAUACUCACUGUGGCGUUUAGUGUCAUUGGAGUGACAUCUUCUGUCUCGAUGCUAAACACAACAGUUGCUUCUCUACCCGGACAACUGAGACAAGAUCAACACGGCAAAGUACUGUCAUACAAUAUCACAAGAUUGGAAACGGAAUUAAGAGACGUGCAGCUGCAGUUUCAUCCUACAGGACUACAGUUGUCUCCCGGGUCAUUCAGUUUGGUAGUGCUCACAGUACUGGCUAGUUUAGUAACUCUCUUUGUCUAUUUUGGAUUGUGAGACUCAGCAAAAAUCCUAUUUUCACUUGCUGUUAUUCAGCUACACACAUGGGGCAAACUAUUGUAAAAUAAACUUUUACAAAACUUACUUAAUUAAUCAAACACGUGAACUCUGAUUAUAAUUUUGUGCCAUUUUCAC